AGCCGCAGAGCAAAACACCUCCGUCAUUCCGUCCCCUGGCAGCACUCAGCUUUUCCCGAAUCGAGCCUUGCGCCGACGCCGACGACGACAGCCUGCAGCCGCCCUGCCCACCAAUUGAAGGCGGAACCUCUGACACGGACUCUCAACCCACACAAUGGCAUCGCUCGCCCGUCCGCUGCGGCAGGCGCUGUCAGCGACAACCCGGGCCGGCCCGUCGCUGUUGUCGUCCACUGCCUCCCGCCCGGCCCCGGCACGAAGCACCCUCCUCCAGAACAGCGCAAAGGCCGCUGCCUUCCACGCCUCGAGCAGGAGAUGCCUACUGCCCCCGCUCCCCCAGACGGUUGAAGGAACUGUUAACGACCCAGCUCCCAUCCCGCCCACAUCUCCGGCGCACGGCUCAUACCACUGGACGUCGGAACGCCUCCUGGCGGCGGGCCUGGUGCCGCUGACGGUUGCCCCCUUCGCCGCGGGCUCGCUGAACCCCACCAUGGACGCCGUGCUCAUCUCGGCCCUCCUCCUGCACUCGCACCUGGGCCUGCAGGUCGCCAUUGUCGACUACCUGCCCAAGCGCCGCGUGCCCAAGUCCCGCAUGGCCGCCAUGUGGGCCCUCAACAUCGCCACCAUCGUUGCCGGCAUCGGCCUGUACGAGUUCGAGACCAACGAUGUUGGGCUGACCGAGGGGAUCAAGAGGGUAUGGAAGGCAUAGGUGGUGGGUUGUUUUGGAUCAGAUUAGACACCCGCCGUGGCUGGGGCUGGGAGGCGGGGAUGACGCCUCAGGCGAAAAAUGGUGGCCUGGUUGCGCCCACACACCUCCUACAGGUAUCUCGCUUUCACCCUAGCGAAAUAAUCCGUGAUUGUAUAGCUGUUAUUGUACAUCCUACGAAUCGUACAACGGCUGGCUUGCUAUGGACUUCUCAUCUGCACCUUUUGGCAUGCGCGGCCAUGUGUUGGCUACCCGGUAUAGCGACAAGGCAAAAGAGCAAGCCCUGACUCGGUCGAAGCUAUAUCGUAGGUGCCUGGUCUGGAGGCUCGCGGGGAGAAAAGGGGGCUUUCAGAUUGCUCCGGCAUUGCAAACGAUCGCCGGAUUGCAGAAUCCGCCUGAGACCAGACUCCAGUGUCCACCGUCGAAAAAGCAGGCCUUGGAAACUACCUAGUUACCUAGCGCCAAUCUUCUGUGCACAACACGGUUCCCCUAUCUCUAUGCCAUCCAGUGAUAACCCCAUGCUCCUGACCUGUGCGACGAUGUAUCCACAGCGUACCCGCCAUCGAGGCAAGGAGGCGCCUAGGCAGGUAGUUAGGCGCGGCUGGCGCGGCUACAAAUAGAUUGGGUUUAGCAGUACCGCGUCUGGUACAGUUCAGGCGACGGAAAUCCAUCAGGGGUUCUGGGAAGAAGGUUGACACUACGGGUAAACCAGAAGCAGAUAUCGAGAGCACCCCAAAUAGCAGCCAGCAUGUGAGGAAUCGCAAUGAAGACAGGACCAUCCAAGAUCAAAUGUCCUAUACCCAGGGCUGCGCAUCCCUUCUGGCGGCCCUGAGGGCCGGUUGACACACAAACUUAUAGACGACCAAUUUUGAAAACGUCAGACAAGCAGCUGCUUGUCCGUGUU